GCCGUUCCCGCCGUCGAGAAAGGUCAGGCUUUUCGGCAGUGUGUCUCCGCUGAGCUCCUGUUAGCUGGUGUGAAUUCGCUCUCGGGCUUCGGAAUCGUGUUGAAAAAAAUGUACCGUUGCAUAUUUUGAGCGAUAAAAAGUUGCAUGUGGGUCAUGUGCAGUGGAGUAAGGGGGAUAUUAAGAUUAAACCCCUAGUGAUUGAAACAAGUUAGUGGAACAUAUGACAAGUCGCAAAACACAAACAAAUACAACCAAGCUGGGAAAUCCACUGAUGUGAAUAAUCAGAAUAAUAAAGAAAAUAAUAAAUAAUCCCCCUAAAAUUGAAAAAAGAAAAGAAAAGAAAAGCGGUGAACAGUCGUGAAAGUGAUAAUCUUUACUCUAUGAAAAUAUUUCCCAUCACCAUGAAUCACUUACGUCAUGAGACCGAAACGGAACGCACGGACUGAUGCCCAGAGUUCACAGUGUGAUAAGAUACAGGACUGCUGACAAAACGAUGAUUUAUCACGGAUCAGGAACGGAGGGACAGCGCAAGUGAUGACAGGAAGCCGCAGAUUAGGCCGCGGCGUGAGAGGAGAGGCUCUGCUGCUGCUCCUCGGCUCCAUCGCCGCCUCCGUCGACGCCAAGAUCAUCCAGCCGAAGAAGGGACUCGAGUCAAGUCCUCUGACGGUGGUACACGCCCUGGAAAUGUCCAAGGUCCUGCUGCCGUGUGAUGUGUCGCCUCCUCUGUCCAGCGAUGACACGAUUCUGGUCCUCUUCUACAGGGGCUCGAUGGGGACCCCUAUUUUCAGCGUCGACGGAAGGAACGGACCGGUCAGCCACGGCGACGCCUGGGCGGAAGAAGCCACCUUGGGUCAGAGGGCGUCCCUCGACCUCAGGAUGCACCCGCCUGGCCUCGUGCUCGACCCCGUCAAGGCCUCUGACCGUGACCUCUACCGCUGCAGGGUCGACUACGACUCCUCCCCCACCAGGAACGUCCGCAUCCAGCUCAACGUCGUGGUGCCACCGAGGAGAGUCCAUAUAGUCAACGAAAAGGGCAUGGACGUCAACGGAGUGAUCGGGCCUUACCACGUCGGCGUCUCCGUCAAAUUGCAGUGCCGCGCAGAAGGAGGAGAGCCGCGCCCUAGCGUCACCUGGUGGAGCGGAGGCACUCUUCUGGACGACGUGAGCGAGGACAGAAGGGGUGACGUCACGAUCAACACCCUCACUCUGCACUCCAUUGCAAGGCAUGACCUUUACCGCGCCCUCACGUGUCAGGUCAUCAACUCGAACCUCUCUGACCCCAUGACCGCGACAGUCACCCUCGACAUGAGCUUCCCCCCGCUGACGGUGAAGAUCAUGAGCCUCAAGGACGAGCUCUCUGAGGAUGAAAAAUACAAGAUUGUGUGCGAAUCGUCCGGAUCCAGACCUUCAGCGUCUAUUACCUGGUGGAAGAAUGGCAUGCUCAUGACAGACGCCAGGAAGCAGGUAUUCCAAGAAGGGAACAUCACCCGGUCGACCCUUCAUCUCAUCCCAUCGCCAGCGGACAACGACGUCUACAUCUCCUGCCGCGCCGAGAACCCGAGGGUCCCCACAGCUGUUCUUGAAGACUCUGCCAAGCUCAACGUGCAUUAUACCCCCCGCCUAUCCUUGGCAGCGGGACAGAACCUUGACAUGGACGACAUUAAGGAGGGUGACGAUGUGUACUUCGAGUGUGGGAUUCAGGCGAACCCCAGAGUCUACAAGGUUCAGUGGUUCCAUAAUGGCGAGGAACUGAGUCAUAAUGUAUCCGCGGGAGUAAUUCAGAGCAACCAGAGUUUAGUGCUGCAGAGAGUCACUCGGGCAUCUUCAGGAGACUACAAAUGCACGGCAGCCAACCUCCACGGCAGCAGCGAGUCCAACUCUGUUCAGCUGAGCGUCAAGUUUGCCCCCUUGUGCGCGGAGGGACAGAAGGUGGUGUACGGCGCAGGCAAACAGGAGGAACUCAAUGUUACAUGCAGCGUGGAGGCCCAUCCCCAGCCCUUCACUUUCAGAUGGGCAUUCAACAGUUCCUCCGAAGUGGUGGACAUCCCUCCAAGCAGGACGCGGCUGGUGGGCGAGGGCGUGAGUCAGGUUUCCUACACGCCCACUUCUCACCUGGAUUACGGUUCUCUCCUGUGCUGGGCUACCAAUGACGUCUCCAGGCAGCACACGCCUUGUAUUUACCACAUCAUUCAUGCGACCUCUCCGGACGCAGUGAACAACUGCACGGUGGAGAACGUGAGUUCGACGGGCGCGGCCGUGCGGUGCCAGGCGGGCUGGGACGGCGGGCUGGCGCAGACCUUCACCCUGUCUGUGAGUCACGCCCGCGCCCACACCCGCGGCCAGGACAAGAAGAACGAGGCGCCCCGCGUGCUGGCCAACACGUCGACGUCGCCGCGGCCCGAGUUCACGCUCACGGGGCUGCAGGCCGGCACCGAGUACGUGCUCACCAUCAUGGGCGUCAACAAGAAGGGUCAGAGCGACCCCGUCAGACUCAAGAUUUUCACCCUUAAGGAUAAAGCUGAGAAACGAACUAGCCCCGGUGAGUGAAAGCUAUUUGGUGCAAGACUUGCUUUGGCACACAUCUUGGCUGUAGUCCUGGGCGUGGUGGUGACGCUGCUCCUGGUGGGCGUGGUCAUAGUGGUGGUGAUCAGGUCGCGGCGACGAGGCCCUCAGAGACCCGAGGUGAAGAUGGUUUACGAUAAGGGCUCCUCGGGGUCGCCUACAGGACGGGGUCAGGAAACCACCACGGACAGCGAGGAGGCGAACCCAGACGUCAUACCCGUUAAUGACGCAUUUGCUUACUCAGUCACUGACGAUGUGUCCCGCUACAUGCAUUCAGUGUCCAGGAAUAUUCAGAUAAACAAGGCCAUGACAAAAGCAUUUUACCGUCCACAUGGGAACCCUUUAUUAGAUUCGAACAACUACACUUUUUGGGUCGACACAGACAUCUCAAGAGACAUCGCACCGCGAAAACCUAAAGCUGCCGUGCCCCCUGGCCCUAAGCCGCGGACGUUACAGAGCUAUGUUAAGUCCUCUUCAGUUCAACACAGUUAG